AUGAAUAACCCUGAAGAUCCCGAGAGAAAUCUCGGGCUCGGUGAUGUGAGACAAUCAAGAUGGCGACGGGCUCUUUGCGAUCAAAUGGAUGAGGCUGACCAGACAGGCAAGGUGUAUGAGUUUCGACAGUACGUCUUAAUCAUGACCACCAUGGUGGGUUUACACCACACAAUGUUACAGCUGUCCUUCCUGACCGUUGGCUGCUCGUUCAGUGAAGGAGUCUUAAUCAUGGUGCUCAUGAUUAAGAUUCUUAUUAAAUUAGAAAUAUUUGGCUGCCAUACCCUGACAGCAAAAUGCUUGACUUCUGUGGCUACUGAAUGUGUACAUCUGGAGAACCUGAAUAUUGGUAGAAUUCCAAAAGCAACUGAUUUAUGCCUGGCAAAGAUAGCGUCACAUCUACACAAGAUCACCACACUGAAUCUGACAGGUCUUAACGUGGUACGGGACCGGGCCGUUCAUCAUAUUGUGAAACAAUGCUCAAAACUGGAGAACCUAAGUCUCAGUACUUGCUUACAAGUGACAGAUGUCAGUCUAGUAGAAAUCAGUACUUAUCGGACUACAAUCAAGUAUCUUGACUUAAGUGGAUGUAAAAAAGUGUCAGAUAUUGGGAUUCAAGCACUUGCAAGAAGCUGCCUACAACUUCGCUAUCUGGAUCUUAGUUCAACCAAUACAGGAAAACGAGGGGUAUGCUUGCUCGCCAGUUACUGCUAUGCCACCCUGGAAUGUUUAAAACUCAGUUUCUGCAAAGAAGUCCCAGCAGACGCCAUUGAAAAGCUUUGCAUGAAUUGUAAAAGACUGAAGGUACUUCAUCUCUAUGGCUGCCGUGUGUCUCCUGACCUUGGGUACCUCAAAAAAUUUAGCAAAUCAUUCCAAAUUCUUCAUGAUUUGUCUAUACCAGCUGCAAACAUAUUAGGAGAAUAA